AUGACUACUGUAUACGUUUCUGGUGCCACGGGUUUCAUUGCCCAACACGUUGUAAAGCAAUUGCUCUCCAAAGGAUACAAGGUGAUUGGAUCUGUCAGAUCCACUGAGAAAGGAGACGACUUGGUAAAGAAUUUCGGCUCGGACUUCAAGUAUGAAGUUGUGGCUGAUGUGGGGGUUCCAGGUGCGUUUGAUGAAUCGUUGAAAAAGCACCCAGAGGUCAGUGUUUUCCUCCAUACUGCCUCUCCGUUUCAUUUCAAUGCGAAGGAUGUUGAGAAGGAUUUACUUCUUCCUGCUACUGAAGGAACCAAAAACGCAUUGAAAGCAAUCAAGAACCACGGUCCUCAAAUCAAGAGGGUGGUAGUCACAUCGUCAUACGCUGCUGUGGGUGAUGCUUCUCAUGAGGAAGAUCCAAACCAUGUUAACACGGAGGAAUCUUGGAACGAAAUAUCAUGGGAAGGUGCUUUAAAGGACGUGAGGCAAGGGUAUCGAGGAUCGAAAACUUUUGCGGAAAGAGCCGCCUGGCAAUUCGUUAAAGGAUGA